AGCAGGCGGAGUUUUGUCGGGUUUGGUCCACUAUAGCUGCGAGAGGACCGUCGCCUCUCGACGUAUUGUACGGAGAGGCGAACGUUGCGCCUAGUUCGUUCAUGCUGAAAAGAUGUAUGAGUGUAUCGUCAUAGGGGCAGGAAUAGAGGGUAGUGCGACUGCCUACAAUCUUGCAAAGGGAGGAACAAAGGGAGUCUUGCUAUUGGAGCAAUACGAAGCCUGUCACAAUCGAGGUAGUUCUUGUGGACAGUCUCGCAUUACCAGAAGGGCUUAUGAAACUCUGUUCUAUGUUGAGAUGAUGACUGAUGCCUAUAAGAUGUGGAGUGACCUUGAAAAAGAGGCUGGCACAACACUUUACAAGCGUACUGGUGUAAUGGUGUUUGGAGGAAACGGGGAUCCUUAUGUCCAACAGACAAUAAAGAGUAUGAAAAUUGCUAACAUACCGCAUGAUGUGCUCAGUGGUGCAGAGAUUAACAGAAGAUUUCCAAAACAAAUGAAAAUCCCUGAUGAUUACAUGUGUGUGAUUGAAGAAGAUGCUGGGAUUCUCUAUGCUCAAAAGGCACUACGAGCAAUGCAGGAACAGUUUCAGAAAAUGGGAGGGACACUGCUGGAUAGGCACGAAGUGACAGAAAUAGUUCCAGGAGACAUUGUCACCGUGGUAACCAACAGAGGUCUUUUCAAGGCCAACUAUGUGGUGAUUGCUGCUGGACCGUGGGCCCCAGCUCUCUGCUCCUCCAUUGGCGUGCACCUCCCUUUUAAGGUUCCUUAUUAUAGUAUAUACCUAUGUUGCAUUCAUGCAAUUUAAUCGACAAGGUUAGUCGCAUUGAGGUUGGAUACUGGAGGGUUGAGGAUCCUACCCUCUUUGAUUCUAGUACAUUCCCAACAUUUCUAUAUGCUGAUGGAGAAGGCCACUUUCGCUAUUAUGGCCUCCCAAUUGAGGAAUACCCAGGAUUGCUCAAGGUAUGUGCUCAUUUUGGACCAAAUGUUGACCCAGACAAUCGAGAUGCUGUUGGGGGUCCUGUAACCUCAUCAAUGACUUCAAAGUUUAUAAAUGGAACUUUCAGAGGAGUGCAGAAAAAGCCGAGUAUCACAGAAUUCUGUAUGUACACAGUAUCACCAGAUGAUGCCCCAGUUAUUGACAAACAUCCUCAACAUGACAAUAUCAUCAUAGCCGCAGGAUUCUCAGGUCAUGGGUUCAAACUAAGCCCUGUGUUUGGGAAGCUGCUGUCUCAGUUGGUGAUGAAGAAGACACCCUCUCAUGAUCUCCACCCUUUUAGAUUAUCACGAUUCUUAUCCACAUUUAUGUCUAAACUAUAACACUGCAUUUAUGCAUAAUUUUUGCAA